CGGGAGGGGGAAGGGAGUUGGGCCCAGGAGGAGGAGGUUGUUCAUUUCCUUGCACUGGAUGACAUCAGAGCCCAGGCUCCUCUCUGCACCAUUUAAAAGGCACAUGCCCAGCGCUGGUCCUUGGAGGGACAGUUGGCUUAUUGUUUGAUGAAUAGAAAGAGGAUGUCCAAACAGGACACUAAGUUGUCUUUGAAUCGCUCCGCUGGGGACUGCUUUCCUUAUUCCAGGAUGCUAGCUCUGAUGGUGGAUUUCCUAACAGAAUUUAUAAAGCACGGCCGACGGAGGUUGGAGAAGGGUCGGCGGAGGAUAGAGAAGACCGUGAGACCCCCCGGUUCCAGGCAGUGUGGGCGGGCCAAGCAGGUAGCCAUUUUAAAAAUGGACGUUCCUUCCAGCAUGGAGGCCGACACUCAGCCUUCAAGCCCCAAUGGAAAUAUCAACCUUGGUCCUUCAGCCAAUCCCAAUGCAAAGCCAACAGAUUUUGACUUCCUAAAAGUGAUUGGCAAAGGGAGCUUUGGAAAGGUUCUUUUGGCAAAACGCAAGUCUGACGGGACGUUUUAUGCUGUGAAAGUCUUGCAGAAGAAAUCUAUCUUGAAGAAGAAAGAGCAAAAUCACAUCAUGGCAGAACGCAACGUACUGCUGAAAAACGUGAAGCACCCUUUCUUGGUGGGACUCCACUACUCCUUUCAGACCUCCGAGAAGCUCUAUUUCGUUUUGGAUUACGUCAAUGGAGGAGAGCUUUUUUUCCACCUGCAACGAGAACGCUGUUUCCUCGAGCCCCGUGCUCGCUUCUAUGCCGCUGAAGUGGCCAGUGCAGUGGGCUACCUGCAUUCCCUGAACAUCAUUUACAGGGACUUGAAGCCAGAGAACAUCCUCUUGGACUCCCAGGGGCACGUGGUAUUGACCGACUUUGGACUCUGCAAAGAAGGAAUGGAGCCAGAAGAAACCACUUCGACCUUCUGUGGCACUCCAGAGUAUUUGGCUCCAGAAGUGUUGCGCAAGCAACCUUAUGACCGGACGGUAGACUGGUGGUGUUUGGGAGCUGUUCUUUAUGAGAUGCUCUUUGGAUUGCCACCCUUCUACAGCCGGGACAUGUCUCAGAUGUACGAGAAUAUCCUGCACCAGCCGCUCCAGAUCCAGGGAGGCAGGACUGUGGCAGCCUGUGACAUCCUCCAAGCACUUCUCCACAAGGAUCAGAAGAGGAGACUUGGAGCCAAAAUGGACUUUCUCGAGAUCAAGAAUCAUGUGUUCUUCAGCCCGAUAAACUGGGAUGACUUGUUUCACAAGAGGCUAACUCCACCUUUCAACCCAAAUGUGGCUGGUCCUGCUGACUUGCGACAUUUUGAUCCGGAGUUCACCCAGGAAGCCGUUUCGAAUUCCAUCGGACGAACCCCAGAUUUAACGGCCAGCAGCUCUGGGACUUCGAGUGCCUUUUUAGGUUUUUCUUACGCUCCCACAGAUGAGAACUUUUUAGAUUGGAAAUAAGUAGCAUAGGUCUUAUUAUUAAAGGUGUUUUCAUUUUGUUUUUUGAAACCCACUUGCAUGUCCAUUUGGAAAAAAGAGAUGCAGUAAGGUAAGCAUAAUCGGAAAGAGAAAGGCCCACCUUCUUGUACUGAAAAAUCAUUUCCCUCCUGUUGAACGAAAUGAUUCCUACACCUUUGGGAGAGGAAGAAAUCCAACUUCUUAGCUGGGUUUUUUCUUUGGGCGUGUAAUGCCAGUGACUAUCUUGUGCAGGAUUAAUGUGGUAAUCCAGGGUCAAAUUAUGUAUGGUCUCUGCACAAUAACUAGGGACCAGCCAUGAAUUUAGGAGCUCAGAAAUGCAAUCACCUUUCGAUUUGUCUUUCCUCCUUUGCAAUUUCCAAAUGGGAUGAUUUUAGUCCUUGAAUCGUAGUGACAAUAGCAAUCUGAAAUUGCAAAAGUAAACCCAACAGAGCAGGUUUGAAGCUGAGUAGGUGUCGCCUGUUAAUGUAAAUUUUGCCCCACUUUUCAUCGUUUCAAAAGACUUAGGUGCAGAAUGGAAAACCUGAUCAGUAUCAUCUUGUGCCUCCAGAAUGUUUUUUUUUUCCAUCAAGAAAUUUAUUGGGCAAUACAUGGUCCAGUGCUCUCGAUUGUCUGCUGAGCUUGAAUUAAAAUAUCCCCCAGAGCAAUAAGGUGGGGAUUAAAAAAAAUGGAACUCUUUUGAAGCAACAUAUAAGACUAAGGUUAGGAAUUCACUUUUAAGCUGUUGGCUUCCACCAUGUCAUUUAGCUGAAAUGG